AUGCUCUUGAGAUCCUGCCAGCCCUCUCCUGGCCCGUUGCUGACUCAGUGUCUUAUCACCUGUCCUGUCCCCGGCCCUCCUCCUGGGAGAGGCCCCACAGGUGGGUGCUGUUUCUCAUCUGGCCUUUUUCUCCCCUCUGGGCACUCAAGCCCCCUCUCCUCCGGCUGCUCCCAGUGGCCCUACUGCCUUUCAGUUUCCUGGACUCCAGCUCUUCCCAAAACGGUUGCAACGGCUUUGCCCGUCCCUGCACCCCGGAAGUCGUGCGAUCGAGGAGUCCCCCACCCGGGUCAUUUCGUGAUUCGCAGCCUGGUGUCGGGAAAACACGCUGGUGUGUCAGGAACAGCCGCGGGUCUUGUCCUGCCCUGGUUGCCACUCUCUCUGGGACCCCAUGCCACUGCCCUCUUCUCUCUGGACCUCGGUCUCCUCCUCUGGCAAGGGACUCGCCUUGACGUUAUCGAAGGUCCUCUGAUUCGAGCGUGGGUGAGGUGUCUUUGGGCCAACACCCCCCGAGCGAGCAGGGUUCAGGAGGGGACCCAGGAGGCCUGGCUGGGCCGUUCAAGCUGGGCAUGGGGGCCUAACCCCGGGGACGGACUGGCCAGGCAGGCCUUUCUCCAGCGGCUGCUCCUCUCCUUGGGAGCUAUUGCUGGAGGGGGAGGUGGCCUGGGCUUGGAGGCGAGGCUGCUGGGCCACGUGGGAUUGGAGCCAGUGGGCUUCCAGGAAGGGAAACUAAAGAUACCCCCUUCCCGGCACGGCUGGAACCCUGAGAGGCCAGGGAUCCCGUUCCAGUCGUGCUGUCGCCGGGGGCAAGGGGUGGUGACCAGGAGGGCCCUCCAGCAGCUGUGUUGGGCCUGGCGCUGCUGGGGGCUGGAGCCCAGGACCGGGCAUCUAUUGGCUGAGUCCCUGAGCCGGUGGGCGAGGUCAGGGCAGGGCCAGCGUGUUACUGGAAGCCCGGUGGCUCCGUCUGUCCCUCUGCCAAGCUGCCCACUGCAUUCUUUGGCCUCCUAUUUCCAGGCAGGCUCUGCAGAGGUCCCAGCCGUGGCCUGCCUUGAGCCUGGGUGCCGUCAUGCCCAUGUUUGGGGCACUUGAGCUGUAGUUGGGGACAGCAGUUGAGAUGGGUGGCAGGGGGGUGGGGUGGGCAGGAUGCCGUGAAGGUAGCUGGGCUCUCGGGGAGCAAGGAUCACCUUUCCCUGUGCGGUUCUGAGAGGUCAGGUGACCUGGGUGCGGGAACCCGUGUGUGUGUGUGUGUGUGUGUGCGCGCGCGUGCGCGCACCCAGACUGCAGAGACCAGGGGUCAUAGACUUGAGCUUGCCCAAGUAUCCCAGGAUAUGCAGGCCAGUGUGAAGGGCCUGGGGGCGCACAGAGGGGUGCACCGUGCCGGUGUCCCCCCGGAUGUCAACAUACAGAUGGGAUUUUGGAUCUGCAACCCCUGGGUCCAGGGAGUGAAGUGGAAAAGCGGCCCCACCUGUCACUGCUGGUCCACAGGCUUUCUUGCCUGCUCAAAGCUGGCCCUGCCAUUCCCACCAGACCACAAGGACCUUCUCCAGGACUCAGAGCCCAGGGCCUUUCAUCGGACAGAGGAGAUCUGAGCACCUGGCUGGCUUUAGGGGUGCCUCCUUCUCCCAUUGUGGGGGCCUCCCGACCGCAGCCAGGUUGGGCUAGCCCCAAAGGAGACAGCAGGAUGGUUCCAGGAAGCCUGUGCAGCCAGCGAUGUGAGCCUGAACUCUCCAGAUCAAUGGGGGGAGGGCUGGCAGCCAGUGAGCCGGCCGGUGGUGUCAGAGCUGGGGUCUCAGAUGGCUUGAGCAGGGUUUCCAGCCCUCUUCCAGGCUCAGCCCCCCCAGCCAUAGCCCUACACCCCCUGCCAGGCACUGACCUCCCGGAUCAUUUCCUUCCCUCUUUCCUCCCCUGGCUCCCUGCUCAGCCAGGGAAGGAGGCCCUGGGUGCAGGAGCCUUGACGCGACCCUCCGAGGCAUCAGAAGGCUUCUUCCCCACUUGCCAUGGGACUUCCGAGCCUCAGUUUCCUCAUCUGGAUGACGUGGGUGGACGGCACCCCGUGUGAGAGUCAUUCAAAGUUUCGGUGGGAGAAUGCUGUAAAGGGCCUGGUCGACAGCUGCAUGCAGUCUCUAUCUGGCCUCCCCAGGCCUCUAAAAUUAUUUUAAUGUUUAUUUUUGAGAGAGAGAGAGAGAGAGAGAGACACCCAGAAGGUGAGUGGGGGAGGGGUAGAGAGAGGGGGAGACACAGAAUCCCAAGCAGGCUCCAGGCUCGGAGCCGUCAGCCACAGAGCCCGACGCGGGGCUCGAACUCACGAACUUCGAGAUCGUGACCUGAGCUGAAGUAGGCGCUUAACCGACUGAGCCACCCUGCGCCCCAAAG